CAACCAAUUUGCAGAUGUGAGCAUGAUAAAUGUGUGAGUGCAGAUGUAUGCAUCAAGGAGGUUGUUGGAGAAAACAAUUCUGAACAUUUCUUUGUUGCUAGUCAGGACACUGAACUCCGGAAAAAGUUGCAAGAGGUACCUGGUGUGCCUCUCAUAUAUGGUCUCAGAAAUGCUCUUUUUCUUGAAUCCCCAUCUGCAUUUCAACGACAGUAUGUCAAAACUUCUGAAGAAGGACGGUUGCAUAUGACUGAGAAAGAGUACAAGAUAUUGAAGCAUAAGGUGAUGAAUAGACUGACGGACGAGGAAGCUAACAAUUCGAUUACUGAAAUAAUGGAAAAUGUAGAUUCAGGAUAUCAGACCACAAAUAUUCAGGCAGUUAAAAGUAGUACUGCUACAAAGAAUCGGAUGGAAAUCAAGGAUAAACCUCAGUUCAAGAGAGAAAAAGCUAAGGGUCCAAACCCACUUUCGUGCAAGAAGAAAAGUAAAAGCCAAAACAUUGAUCUUUCGAAGGAAGCUAAAGGAGACAAUGCACCGAAGAGAAGUAGGAAAAGGAAAAGGUCACGUAAAGGGAAUAUGCCUACAGAAGGAGGCAGUUAGGUUGAUUUAUUUUAUACUUUGACAAAAAAAGAACUUCUUGACUUCACUUUUUAAAUAUUAGAUUUUAUAGUCUUUCAAUUUUGCCAUUUGCGUAUGUAUGGACUUCGAAAUAGCUAAUGAUUAGUCAAAAUGGGUUUGAAUAUUA